AUGGCAAUCAGGGUGCUGUCCUUCUUGGCCCUCUGCAGCACGGCCUUUGCCUUUGUGGCCCCCGUGCCGAACGCCCAGCACCAGGCGCCGGCUGCAGCGGUUGCUCCCCAGAUCAAGGCCGAGAGUGAGGCUACCUCCUCGUGGACCUCCCUGCUGGCGGGCGCAUCCGUGGGCUAUGCUGCCGCGGCGGUGGGCGCGGUGGCACGCCAGGGCCGUGUGACCCGGAAGGCGGAGAAGGCGUCGGUGGCGAGGACACCGGUGGCCUACCCCAUCUUCACCUUCCGCUGGCUGGCCGUCCAUGCACUGGUGGUCCCCACCGUCUUCUUCCUGGGCGCCAUCAGCUCCAUGCAGUUCAUCCAGCGCUGA